UUAAAUAUUAACAUUAAAAAUAUAAAAAUGUCAGAAUAAAAAGGAUUCGCUACAAAACCCAAACUUUUUGGUAAAUGGGAUUACGAAGAUGUGAAGAUAAACGACCCAUGCUUCCAAAAUUACAUAGCCUGUACCACAACAAAAUCUUAAGUUUUCGUUCCCCACACAGCCGGUAGAUAUUAAGUAAAAAAAUUCAGAAAAGCAACUUGCCCAAUCGUUGAGAGAUUAAUAGGUACUCUCAUGUUCCACGGUAGAAAUGCAGGUAAAAAAGCUUUAUGUAUUAAAAUAGUUAAAAAUGCCUUUGAAAUUAUCCAUAUUUUAACCGGAAGAAAUCCUCUUGAUGUUUUUGUUAAAGCAGUCUAAAAUGCUGGACCUAGAGAAGAUUCCACAAGAAUCGGAACUGCUGGCGUCGUAAGAAAAUAAGCAGUCGAUGUUUCACCUUUAAGAAGAAUUAACUUAGCCAUCUACUUCAUUAUUAAAGGAUCAAGAGAAAGUGCCUUCAAAUCAAUCAAGUCGAUCGCUGAAACAUUAGCUGAUGAAAUCAUUAAUGCUGAAAAAAAUAAUACAUAAAACUCAUGGUCUAUUAGAAAGAAAGACGAAAUCGAAAAAGUUGCUAAAGGUAACAGAUGAUCUGGAUAUUUUAAUAAUAAAAAAAAAGGUGCUCUUUUUUUUAAAAAAAAAAUAUAUAUAUAUUCAGGAAUACAAAUAAUAUAAUAUUUUUAAGAAAAAAUAAUAUUAGAUAUUUUUUUUUUGUGUUAUUUUCCUUUUUUUUUUUUUGCAAAUAUUUAAAUUACAUAAUUA